CUCCACAACAUUGAAAGGCCCCCUCUGAACUUCUUGGCCAGUCUCUUAUCAGCAGAAUCUGUAAAGCACAUACUGAAACUUGUCUCACCUUCCAGAACUGUCUUUCACGGGUUCAAAAAGAGUGUAUUCAUACCCGGCCAAAGACCAGAUUUAUAUUCGUGACCGUGAUCGACUGCGUCCUCCAAACUACUUUCUUCGGACAGUAUACCAUAGAAGAUGACCACUUUAACAGUGUUCGCAAUACUGAUUUGCGCUGCCCAGCAGCGAUGGCAUUGGAUGGCGGCACUAGUCGCUGCACUGGUAGGGGAAUUGACCUACAGAUAUUUCAAACUGAAUCAGUUCAAUGGUCCAUUCUUGGCAGCAAUCACAGAAUGGUGGCAUACGCCCAUUCUCAUGGGAUUACAGGCUGACAAGCACUACGUCAAGCUGAGCAAGCAGUACGGUGACCUUGUCCGUAUUGGACCAUCACAUCUGUUGACUUCAUCGCCGGACUUCUGGAUUCAUGCCAAUAACACAAAGACCGCAUAUGCACGAUCUCCUUGGUUCUACAGGGCGAUGCGAUUCAACCCUGGUGAAGAUACCGUUUUCAGCCAAUGUGAUAUCGCGAAACAUGAUGCUCGAAGGAAGCAAAUGGCUCCUGGAUUUUCCGGCAAAGAAAACCUAGGUCUCGAAGUUGACAUUGAUGGUCAUGUUCAGGAGCUCCUGCAAUUGAUCCAGUCCAAGUACAUGUCUACGGCAGAAAUAUCGAAGCCUAUGGAUCUUGCUAUGAAAGUGCAAUACCUGGCUCUCGAUAUCAUCAGUGAUAUAGGUCUGGGACAGAGCUUUGGCGACCUGAAGGCCGAAGCCGAUAACCAUGAUUACAUUGCAUCUGGUGCCAUUGGGCUAAGGAUCACUUUCAUGAAGAUCGCACUAGGUCUUACCUCUUUCUUCGACAACUACUAUGUGGCCAGUCUACUCGGCCCGUCAGAGAAAGACAAGACUGGAUUUGGGAAAGUGAAGGGUGUCGCCCGUCGGAUCAUUGAUGACAGACUGGAGAAGCCGACAGAUGGCAAAUCAGACAUGGUGGCAUCUUUCGUACGCAACGGUCUUACAGCAAGUGACCUCUUCAACGAAAGCUUUAACCAAAUUCUCGCGGGAACGGACACGACAUCAUGCAGCAUUCGUGUCAUCAUGCUCUACCUCAUGACGAACCCGAGCAUUUACGCCAAAGUUCGCGCCGAAAUCGACACUGCUUGGCCCGCCUCUGAACCCGGCAUUAUCCCAGACUCCAUCGCACGGAAUCUCAUCUACCUCCAAGCUGUCGUUCGAGAAGCCAUGCGCAUGCACCCGCCAGUUUCCGACUUGUUCACGCGUGAAGUCCCGAAUGGCGGUGAUACCUUCACCUUUCCUUCCGGCAAAGAAGUGUACUUCCCAGGUGGCACCAGGAUCUCUUAUUCCAUCGCCAUGCACACGGACCCGGAGCACUACGGUGCUGACGCACACGUCUUUCGGCCGGAGCGGUGGCUCACGCAGAACACUCCGCGUGAGAAGUUGGCUCGGAUGCAAAAGAUCAACGAUCUCAUCUUUGGCUAUGGCAAAUUCCAUUGCUUGGGGCAGCGCAUUGCUUUCAUUGAAAUCAACAAGACUAUUGUUGAGCUGGUGCGGAGGUUCGAUAUUUCGCUCGUGGAUCCGCUACAGCCUUGGAAAAGCGCAUGCUAUGGCGGAAUAUAUGUACAAGGAGAUAUGUGGGUACAAGUGCGAGAGCGCGGUAGCUAAGUGGUGUCAACGCGAUCGACCGGUUAGUUUCCAGCACAGCCUCGUCUGGUCAAGGGAACGUCGUUAUUACAUCUCCUAUCGACCAAAUUUAGCUCUUGUAUCAGUCUUGCGGUCUUAUACAAUUAGUAUCAUCGAGCAAGCAAGCUCCAGGAACGACACUCAGCUGCUCUUCAUCUAAAAGCGCAGCAAAUAGUCACCGCGAUGGCAGGGGAAGCCUGAAAGCUCAUCAGACACAGUCAUUGAAAUGUUUAGCAGAUUCCUCGUAUACUUGAAUAGGCACAAAGCAGACCUGCGAUCUCGUGGGAGGAGGCUUUCUGUGUAGGUAUAGCGCUUCAUAUGAGUUUAAAUACCAGCC